CUCCAAAACGCUCAAGCUUUUAAAUUCUCAAAAAAAUAUAUAAAAAAUAUUGAAAAAAAAAAUGCCUGCAAAAUCACGAGAACAGCUCAUACAUGGUGGCCUUCUCAUUUCUUCUCUGUAAUAAUAAUCAAAAAUUCAAAUUUUUUCAAACCCUAUAAUCUCAACUUUCAUCAGAUCCACAAUCAGAUCCGAUCAUUUUUUUUGAUCCGAUUUUGAAUCUGCAUUGUGUGGUAAUCGAAUUUGGAAUAACGGAAAGUUUCAAAUUCGUGAAAUUUUUCCGAUCUGAUUAUCAAUUUCGUUAGUUUUUUGCGAUGUUUUGAGGAUCGGCAUUGGUUGUGAUUUUGUUGCUAAUUACAUUGAGGAAUGGCGUCGUUGUCUGGCCUUAGCGAGGAGCUUGGGGAAAUCGAAGGACAGAUUUCGGAUAUUUUUCGAGCUCUUUCAAAUGGGUUUCAGAAAUUGGAGAAGAUUAAGGAUUCGAAUAGGCAGAGCAGGCAGUUGGAGGAGCUAACAGGAAAGAUGCGAGAAUGUAAGAGGCUUAUCAAGGAAUUUGACAGAGAAGUAAAGGAUUUGGAAUAUAAAAGUGACGCAGAUACCACCAAGAUGCUGAGUGAGAAAAAACAAUCAAUGAUCAAAGAGUUGAACUCUUAUGUUGCUCUGAAAAAACAAUACGCAAGCAAUAUUGAGAACAAGCGAGUAGAUCUUUUUGAGGGUCCCGGUGAAGGGUUUGCUGAAGAGAAUGGCUUGCUAGCUUCAAAUAUGAGCAAUCAACAGCUGAUGGAUCAAGGAAAUAGGAUGAUGGAUGAGACAGAUGAAGCCAUUGAGAGGUCAAAAAAGGUGGUUCAUGAAACUGUAAAUGUUGGAACCGAGACUGCUGCAGCACUGAAGGCUCAGACUGAACAAAUGAGUCGGAUAGUCAAUGAGCUAGACUCAAUCCAUUUUUCAAUAAAGAAGGCUACACAAUUGGUCAAGGAACUCGGUAGGCAGGUUGCCACUGAUCGUUGUAUUAUGGCCUUGCUCUUUCUGAUUGUGAUUGGGGUCAUAGCAAUCAUUAUUGUGAAGAUUGUAAACCCACAUAACAAAGACAUCCGGGACAUCCCUGGAUUAGCCCCUCCAGCACCCAGUCGACGGUUACUUGCUUAUCCUUACUGAAAUAUUGAAGCCAACCAUAUUGACAAGGAUAAUGUAUUAUCUACUUCCCACAGCGGAUUUACUUGGUUUUUGACUUGAGAACAGAGAGUGACCGAGCAGCAAGAGCAAGGCAGGGGAUGAAGGAGAAUGCCUAAUUCAGAAAGAAGAGUCUCCCAUCUUCUCUCUGGUAAUGAUAGUUUUCCAUUCUUUGUGAUGUUUAAUGAGAUAGAUUCAUAUGAUAUUUGUUUGUAUGAUUAUUAUCUUUAAUUCUAGAUAACUGGAACUUUUUCAUUGAGGAAAAUUUGAACUACACAAACCAAGCUUUGGCACUGGUUGAUUUGUGCAUAGACCAGUAUUGUAUAAUAGCAUCAUUAAUUUUAUCAUACUUAUAAACCUCUUUUACUUA